CGCCAUCGACCCCACGAAACUUCGCAAAAGAGGGCCUCAACCUCCGUCUCCCUGCGAUCUCCCCGACCACGGCGAUGGCCGCCGCCGCCCUCCGCUCCUCCGCCGCACGCCGGCUCCUGCGCCUCGCCCCGGCCGCCUCGUCGGCGCUCUCCGCUGCCUCCCGCCCCGCCGCCAGGUUGGCGCCGCUCUCGCGCCCGAUCUGCGCGCUCUCAGGUGGAAACAAUCCUAUCUCAUGGAACCUGAGGCGCUUCUUCAGUUCAAACGAAAAGCAUUUGCCUGCAAUAUCUGACCCAGAGAUAGAAUGUGCAUUUAAGGAUUUGUUGGCCGCUAGUUGGAAUGAACUUCCAGUUUCUCUUGUAGAAGAAGCAAAGAAAGCAGUAUCUAAAGCUACUGAUGAUAAGGCUGGUCAAGAGGCUUUGAAAAAUGUAUUUUGUGCUGCUGAGGCUUGUGAAGAAUUUGGCGGAACCUUAGUUACCCUAAGAAUGGCUCUUGAUGAUCUAUGUGGCCUGACCGGUGAGAAUGUGGGUCCCUUGCCUGGUUACAUCGAAGAUGCUGUUAAAGCUGCAUAUAAUCGCUACAUGACAUAUCUGGAGUCCUUUGGCCCUGAGGAAAAUUAUCUAAGAAAGAAGGUGGAGACUGAGUUGGGGACAAAAAUGAUACACCUCAAAAUGAGAUGCAGUGGCAUAGGUUCUGAGUGGGGAAAGAUCUCCCUGAUUGGCACCUCAGGGAUCUCAGGUUCCUAUGUUGAGCUAAGGGCAUGAUGGGAAGUCUGCAGAUCAGAACCGUGGAAUCAUCAAUGGGCUGAGGAAACCUGUAGAUCAGAUUGUGUCUUUCAUCUUUUUCCAUUUUUCUUCAUAGCUACUGUGGCAAUAACAACGGGAUCAAACAGCUGUGUACUUAAGUAACUCCGAAUCUCCAGUCUUUGUCGCUGUAAUAAGAACGUGUUUCUGAAUAUUCAGAUAUGCUGCUCCUGGGCACAUGCGUCUGAAACGUGUAGAUUCUGUUCAUUUCAAGCAUGCGUCUUACUUCUUGUUCAAGUCGUAUCAAUUGUAUGUUUAAAUGAAGUAUGUAUUGAUAUGUCAUUAUCCCUUUAUUUGUAA